AUGGCUGGUCAAUCCGCAAAGAAACAAGUUGCUCAAAACUUCAAGAUUUUAAAAGAAAUACAUACCAUAACAUGGACAUCAUACGCCAUCUUUAGUUUUUUCAAUUUUUAUUUCAAAAGACCACAAUCAUCAAAAUGGUUUAUCAUAACUGCAUUACCAGCUUUAGGUUCAUUAUAUCUUAUUGAAAAAUUCGGUAGACCGAUAGUUGAUCCUCAAGGUAAAAUUAUUCGUCUAGGUCAAGAUUUAACUGAACAAGGUUUAACAGAAUAUUUAUUUGAUAUCAUUUAUUAUACAAUAAUUUUAAAUUUCUUGACUAUUGUUUUCAAUUCAACUUUGGUUUGGUGGUUAUAUUUAGCAGUCCCAUCAUUUGCCGCUUAUAAGAUUUAUAAUGUUAUAAAUGCUGGUAGACAAUUAUUUGGUGGUGGUUCAAAAACUGGUCAACAAGUUGAUGAAUAUGAUAAUAAUGGUACCAAACAAGGUGAACAAGGUAAAAGUAAAAGACAACAAAAAAGAGAAGCAAGAGGUGAUAAACCAAAAAUGAGAUAUAGAUGA